AUGCCCCUCCACCAUUUGAUGAUUGGCACCUGGACCCCGCCAGGGGCCAUCUUCACUGUGCAGUUUGACGACGAGAACCUGACGCUGAAGCUGGUCAAGCGCACAGAGAUCCCGUACGAUGAGCCGAUAUCAUGGAUGACUUUCGACCAUGCCAGGAAGAACCUCUACGGCGCGGCCAUGAAGAAAUGGUCAAGCUUUGCCGUCCGGAGCCCGACUGAAAUAGUUCACGAGGCGUCACAUCCCAUGGGCGGUGACCCCAAGGCAAACGACGCCAACACCAACACGCGUGCGAUCUUUCUGCUCGCGGCACAGAAGCCGCCGUAUGCCGUCUACGCCAACCCUUUCUACAACCAUGCUGGUUACGGCAACGUCUUCUCCGUCUCGGAGACGGGCAAACUCGAGACCAACAUUCAGAACUACCCAUACCAACCCAAUACGGGCAUUCACGGCAUGGUGUUCGACCCGACCGAGACGUACCUUUACUCGGCCGACCUGACGGCCAACAAGCUGUGGACGCACCGCAAGCUGCCCUCGGGUGAGGUCGAGCUGAUCGGAAGCAUCGACGCUCCCGACCCCGGCGACCACCCUCGCUGGGUGGCUAUGCACCCGUCCGGCAACUAUCUGUACGCCCUGAUGGAGGCCGGCAACCGCAUCUGCGAGUACGUGAUCGAUCCGGCCACCCACAUGCCCGUCUACACCCACCACAGCUACCCCGUGAUCCCGCCCGGCAUCCCGGCCCGGGACAGGGAGACGGGCAAGGGCCUGUACCGCGCCGAUGUGGUGGCCCUGACGUCGAGCGGCCGGUACAUGUUUGCCUCGUCGCGCGCGAACAAGUUCGAGCUGCAGGGCUACGUCGCCGCCUUUAAGCUACGCGACUGCGGCAGCAUCGAGCGCCAGAUCCUGCUCAAUCCCACCCCGACCAGCGGCGGGCACAGCAACGCCGUCUCGCCCUGCCCGUGGAGCGACGACUGGAUGGCCAUCACCGACGACCAGGAGGGCUGGCUGGAGAUGUACCGCUGGAAGGACGAGUUCCUGCACCGCGUGGCGCGCGUGCGCAUCCCCGAGCCCGGGUUCGGCAUGAACGCGAUCUGGUAUGACUAA